AACACAUGUGACGUCCUCGCCUUCUUCAGUUGAGUCGUGUUUGAACAAGUCUUGAACAAGUUACACCGUGUCUUGACUUGGUGAAAAAUUCAACAUACACAUCCUCCUCAUUUUAUGUUCAGCCUGCACUCACUUGCCAGUUGCCAGUCUACUAUGUGUUCUCUCGCUCGUCCUCAACUUUCUUUUGAGUUUUACAUUUUUUCUUCAUUAUUUAUCAACAUCCUUUUGGCUAAGAUCAAAGUGCAGUACAUGUUCGUAUCCGCUUAAUCUCAUUUCUAACUGACUGAGGAUGAGGGAUUAAUUAAUCUUCUACACCUGUCUACACCACAUUUGUGCCAUUAGACGUACUAAGCUAAGCACUACAACGAGUGGAUUAUGCGAAAAAGUUAGAACACAUUUUUCAACUUCAAUCUCACUACCUCCCAGAAAAAUUUCUCAUUCAGCACUGGAUGAUUGAAACUUGCUUCGAGAGAUCGAAGAUCAAAGAACAUAUGUAUGACAAAUAGCAGCAAAUGCUAUAAUCAGUUAACCCAUAUCGACCUUUGAAAGUGGAUUUUGGAAAUGCCUCUCGUUCUUAGACAAAGAAAACCAGUCGUGAAAAAUCCGACAGUCGCUGAAACAGUCGAACCAAGACCUCGUGUAACAAAGAGGCGACCCACAGGUGACCCUGUGAAGAUGCUUGAACCUCCUCACAUCCCCAGGCAUUGUAAAUACUGUAAAACACGGUUUUUUGCCGAUUAUGUAUGCACGGAGCAUGAGGAUAUUUGCCUCAAAAUCCCACCACCAAACACAGAUCUACGUGACCAUCCCGAACGCAAGAUACAUUUUGCUUCAUUCCUUGGUCUCGAUCCAGUCGUUCCUGCACAAGAAGUCAACAACGAAGAAGAAACUCAACUUGAGCCUGUUGUUAUUCUUCCUGACUCACAAACAAUGACCGCCUUACCCAUGAGUCGCCGAGGACGAAGAAGCAAGCGAAUUGCUCAAUCGCAAGACUUGUGCAGGAUAAAAUUCUUGAAGGACCAUCCUUUCUUGCCAGCCACGUCAAUCAGAGGGCAGGCAUUUCUGAAGAAAUUUUGGAAAAUGGAAAACGCAACAAAGGCCUCAUCAACUUCCUCUCACGAGAAUUAUUGUAGUUCUAAAACGAUAAAAGAACCAUAUUGCAAUCCGAAAAUUGUGGCACACAAGAAAAUCAAGAAGACCAAAGGCAGUACGUACAUGCACAACUAUUCGUUCAGCGCAGCUGAUCGGAUUUCGCACGAUGUAGAAUUGACAACAGGGUUGAGCAUGGAAAAUCAGAAGAAACUCGACCAAUGCAUUCCCGUCUCUGUCAAACUUAUUCGCCAGGACAGCAAAGUAAAUGAAAUUCGAAAACGGGACAAGAAAAGACUCCUCGCGUUGAUUGAAACUGGUGAAAAUAGCAAAAAGAAAUUCACACCGAUAGUUGUAAGUGUUGAAUUGUGCGAUUUUAAGAUUCACCCAGAAGCCAUUCAAGAUUAUGUCCAGAAAACUAACUUGAAGGUUAAUUUGUAUAGAUUCAAAGGGUUAAUUGAAUUAUGAUCUUUCCGUUUUUCUACUAUGUAUAAGACUAGGUGAUUUGCUAAUUGAUAAAAUUGUCAAGUAAUUAAGUAAUUGUCAAAAUUAGUAAUAUUGUAUUGUAAUGUAACUGUAAAAUAGGUAUUUAAACAAAGCUGUUAAAGUGAAACUAUUAUAACGGAAUUACUUUUCAAAUUCGAAAACAUGCGAAAAAGAAACGAAUCAAAAUCUGGUAAAUUUUGGUCAAUAAAUUGAUCCAAUUCGAGUAUUUUGAUCUUAUAAAUAGUAUGAAAUGCUUGCCUUCCACGGCAACAGUUUUUUUAAACAAUUAUUCUAAAGUGUGAUGUUAUUCGAUUACAAAAUUAUAUCACUAAUUAUUUCGUAAUUCAUUAAAGACCUACUUAUUUAAUAACGUAAUCAACAAUUAAUUAAAUUCAUUCCAAUUAUUAUUUGACAAUUGUAAAAUCUAUUUAACUGAAAAGGUGUAACAUCUUAAAAACUUUUGAAUCUGAUAUUUCUGUCAAAUUUGCCAUUUGUCAAUACAAGAGCAUUUUAGAUAAUGCAGAAAUAUAUAUCUACGAGAUUUCAGAUUUUUUCUGACCAAUGCAACAAGUUUUCCACGACUAUCUUUUAAAUGUACCUUAUAGCAUCACAGAAAAUGUUUCGACAAAUGUAAUAAAUAUGUACAUAUAACACUGAGAUGCUGCUAGUUUUGAAGAACUACCUAAUUGGUUGUCUCAUAUUUAUUAUGUGUAUUGAAAAUAACCCAAGUUCGCGUACUUGUAUUUAUCCGUUUGUAUAAAUAAAUAAGGCUUAUUUUGCUGAAA